AUGGCGAGAACGGUGAUGCGAGCCGUCGCGCUGGCCUCAAGGUUGCCGGCUAGCCGGAGGGCGACGGUCGUCGUCUCACAUUGGCAUUCCCCGCCGCCAGCCCCCGCCGACGUUGCUUCUGUGCCGCUGUGUCCCCAUACCUUCAUUCCCGGGAUGAUAUCCGCGGCGGUACAAAGGCGGACGUUUCAUGCGCGCCCUCGGGGCACGCUUUUCCCUGCGGAGAUCCGAGGAUUGAUUUCGUCGCUGAGGAGGUUCCGCAAGUUCAGACGCCGGCAGGCUGCCAGGAAGCGCGCGGUGCCUGAAGAGAGGGAGUUGGAGCUCAGCGUUAAAGUCUGCAUUGAGGAGGGGAUGCCCCACGAUUCCGAAGUUCUGGUAGUUCUUCUGAUGCAUUACGUAAAUUUAUCGUGAUUAUGAUGUUUUGUUGUAGCAUAUGAAGACGAUAUUCAAUCCCCUUUGUAGAUGAGUACUGCAAAGGUAACACCACUUUUAGGUCCCCUAAACUGCUUCAGAAUGUGUAGUUGCCGGCGAAAGAAUCCUCUGCGUCUCUGAUGAAACCUCUGAUUUUAAUGCGCUAUGUAGUCUUUUAGUGAAGAUAAACAGCUGGUAUUGUAUGGUGUUCUCUUCUUGAAGUGAACCUCUGAGAGUUUUCCCUCUUUCGCCAGUAAUACGGUCUCAUAUUAUGCGCAGAACAUUGCAGAAAUGCUUAGACUGAAUGUCGCGAUGGCAGCGAAAAUUGCAUUUAAUGGACUCCAAGGUUCAACCUAUAAAACACGGGAGACGUUUAUCAAUGAUGUUGGAAUAUACGAAAAGGUUGAAUUAUAUAUAUUGCUCUGCAAUGACGAUUUUAUUCGGAAACUCAGCAAGGAAUGGAGAGAUGAAGGCCAGGCUACGGAUGUGCUUUCAAUGUCGCGGCACAUUCCUGAACUGGAUCUUCCCAUUGUGAGUUGAUCAUCCAGAUGUAACAUGGUCUCUGUUAUUUCUCUGGUUAUGUUUCUUCACCUUCGUUCUGACAUCUUUCAAAUUUUCACAGUUAAUGUUAGGAGAUAUAGUUGUUUCAGUUGAGACUGCUGCAAGGCAAGCAGAAGAAAGAGGUUACACACUUCUUGAUGAGAUUCGCAUCCUCGUGGUUUGUGUCAACCUUUUCUUCCCCCAGUGCUCUUUGAGAUUUUAAAAGAAGCAUUUGUCACAGGAGAUUUUCGUUUUUAAUGGCACAUGAACGUAGAUGAAUAAAAUGUCAGCUGUAGCCUAGGUUGGAUUAAUGUGGUCCGUGGAUUCGUACGAAUUAGAUAAUUCAAUAAAUACAUGUCAUUUUGUUGGAAAAAAAGUCAAAUUGUUGCCGCAGGUUUUCAUUUUUUACGAUUCUUGGAUCCAACCAAAAAGCAUCCAAUAUCUUGCUGAAAUCUGAAAAGUAUAUUGUCUGUAUAAUUUUCCAGGUCCAUGGUCUGUUGCAUCUCUUAGGAUUUGAUGAUAAAAUCAGCAAUGAAGCUAAAAUGGAAAUGGAGAGGGAGGAGGAGCUUGUUUUGGGGAGUCUUGGUUGGAGAAGAAAGGUACCUAUCAGGAGUUCUACUCGUGUAGCAACUGAUGAGGACCCUGGGGAAAAUAAUUUAAAUGGUAAUUUCCUUGAUGUCUUUUUUCUUCACGAGGCAUUUUCACCAUUACGUUGCUUAUUUAUACUAGUAAAACCUUUUCUCUUUGGAUCUUAUUUCUUAUUCUAUUUUGAUUCAUAAUUUUUUAUAGAAACAUUGGCAGUUUGAGAAUGUUUGUAGGUGCGGUUAUAAAAGAUGUCAAGAGGCUGCGUUUUUACAGGCCUAAAUUUCGAUAUUUAUUUUGUGACUUGGAUGGUGAGCUAUUUACACUUUUGAGGAAUUCCUUCCAUCAAACUUUCCGGAUGUGUGUUGCCCUGGUAAAAUAGCUUUCUCUUGGACAGGCGCUCUUCUAAACAGCGGAAAUCAAAUUUCUUCGAGAAAUGCAGAAGCUCUUAGGGAAACAAUUUCAAGGGGCGUAAAGGUGGUGAUUGCAACCGGAAAAGUGAGUACUGUUGUUCCUUUAUUUACUUAUUUAUUUUUCUGCUGGCUUGUUCAUGUGCCUAUCUAUGCUUAUUAUUUUGAUACUUUCUACUUCUCUCAACAGUGUCGGGUCUUUACAAGAACUGAUAAAAAUCAUUUUCUGCUAAUGGCAGUCACGUCAAGCCGCUAUUCGUGUUUUGAAGAUGGCUGAUCUGGCUGGUAAAGAUGGUAUUGUGUCCAAAACUUCACCAGGUGUCUUCUUGCAGGUUUUUCCUGUCAUGUUUUUCUUGGAAACGUUUUUCAUUUUCUAACAUAAUAUUCUUCCAUUUAUUAUUUUCGGAAAUUUUGUCCUGAUUAGAUUUCAUCUCGGUACUCCCUAGUGUUCGUUUUAAUUUAAUUCCACUAUGUCAAUCUAUGGUUGUUACUGAAAGAUAAUCCACAAUGACGGAAUGGGGCUAUUACGUGUAAUCACUUGGGCAAGGUUUGCCGAGGUCUAUUUAUUUGACUUAUUGUGAAAGAAUUUGUCUAUACGACGUAACAGAUUCCUAACACGUUGUUCCGCUACCCAUUCGCAGCAAUGUUUAUGAUUUAACUUUUUUAUUUAAGUUGGGGAGUUCUCAUUUGGAUCUUUUCCCCUUCGUGCCUCACUAAUUUUCUUCUCUUGAUCCCAAAUAUAUGGGCUAUUGUCUCACUAACCAUGACCAUUUUACGAGAUGUUUUUUUUUUUUUAAUUUCUUCAGUUGAUCUCAUCAUAGUAACUCAUCGUUUAGAGGCGCUUUUGACUUUUUCUUACAUGCUUGCCCCGCUCUGCUCAAGUGCCACAUCUGGACGCAGGCAGGGAACUUGGUUCCUAAGGCGGCAAUCAGUUUAUCCAAUAGAUAGACAACAUGAUAUUGUGUCAGCGUUUCCACUGAUAUUUGCAGUGGGGUGGAUAUCAGACAAUGGAUCAAAUACAUGCGUUUUCAACUGUCUUUAUUGGCAACAACAUAGUUUUCCAACUUAAUAAAUUUUCAUUUUGACUUUUAUGCCUAAUUUACCAGCAUAAUUAUGUGGAAUCUACAUCAGCGUGACUUAUCGUUCUGAUCAUUUAUUGCAUUUACUCAUCCUCCAAGUCAUCUUUCAAUUUCAGGGUGCCCUUGUUUAUGGGAGACAGGGCCGAGAGAUUUAUAGAAGGACCUUAGACCCAAAUGUCUGCCGAGAGGUAAAUGAACACUUCUCUUUACUGUUGAGAUGAUACUUUUCUCAAGGUCAACGGUGAUCACCGACGUUCUGAUCUCCCCGUUGACCUCUUAGCAAAAACAUCAUUUUCUUUCAGCUUGUUGGUUUCCUUUUAUGGUAACCUUUUGGUUUUUUUUUUGGGGGGGGGCGGGGGGGACUCGAGCAUAUCAAUUAGAAAGUAAAGGCCCAUUAGUGAAAUCUCGAUUAAAGAGUAUCCAUUUCAUGAUAAUAACGCUACCAGUGCAGAAGAUUCUGCUCUUAUCUGUCAAUUCCUCUGCUCAUUUUGUGAUGUUUACGUGUAAUGUUAUUUUAACAGGCCCUGUUGUACUCUUUGGAACACGAGAUUCCCCUGGUAGCUUUUAGCCAGGAUCGAUGUUUGACUCUGGUUGACCAUCCUUCCGUCAAGUCGCUGCAUUCCGUGUAUCACGAACCAGAGGUAUCAGUUUAUUACCAUUCGCUCCUCCCUUUAUUACCAGCUUUCAUGUCGGAUGUUCCAACGUCCUGUACCGUUGACUAUCUUGUGUAGGCAGAGGUCAUCCCUUCAGUCGAGCAUCUUCUCUCCGUCGCUGAUAUACAGGUAAUUUGAACUCCAUCAGAAUCUUAACGAGGUAACUAAAAUGUUUCGGAUUUCCAUGAACGGAAGUUAAUCCUUUUUUAGAUGUCGGCGUGCUGAAUCAUAAUGUGUCAGACCGCGAUGAUCAGAAGUUACUUUAUCUAGGCGUAUUUCCAGAAGUCAAUCCCUUGUCAGAUCUUAGUGGUUGGGUUGAUUAAAGUCAAUGGAACUUGCCGUAUUUAUCCAAUUGCCAUGAAUAAAAGUUACUCCGGAUGGCGGUAUUUGGUUAUAGAAUUCAACGAGCUAAGUCAAAAAUAUUUGAGAUUGCCAUGAACAGAACUUCUGAUCUUACUGAGCUGGUUGAAAUGUAUGAGACUUGCCAUGAACAGAACUUUCUCGUACUGGUCAAAUUUGCAGAAGAUGGUAUUCCUCCGAGAGGAUGAUGAAAUCUCCGCUGUUUUGCGGCCGCAUUGGCUGGAAGCUGCAGGAGGGCGGGCAAGCGUUGUUCAUGCUCAGCCAGAGAUGCUUGAGAUUGUUCCUCCAGGGGCAUCCAAGGGCUGUGGCGUGCAGACCUUGCUGGACCAUCUGAAUAUCAGUGCGAAAGAGGUAACGGUUGCCCUUCUCAUCAUAUCUAUCUCUCUCUCUCUCUCUCGCUGGGGGCGGCAUAAUGAAAAGGGGGAGCUUGUCUUUACCUCCGUUGAGCAGGUCAUGGCGAUCGGCGACGGCGAGAACGACGCGGAGAUGCUGCAGCUGGCCUCGCUUGGGGUGGCCCUCGGAAACGGGGCCGCCGACGCCAUCCGACCCAGCAACGACCACGACGGCGUGGCAGACGCCAUAUACCGCUACGCCUUCUGA